AGCGUUUCUUGCCCCGCCCCUAGAAUCUCGCCCUCCUUUCCUGCGCCAACAGCGGUGUGUCAACCCAGCGAGGCCCGGCUACCUGCCGCCGGAGAGACCCGGAGACCUGAACGGUUAUCGCAGCAGGGCUUAGGGGGCUUCCUCCCCCGGACAACAGUAACCCCUGAUAACCGUUGUAACUGGUACCCUGCUCUCCUGAUGUCGGACUUCAAGCUCGGGAUUGUUCGGCUCGGCCGUGUGGCCGGGAAGACAAAAUACACACUGAUUGAUGAGCAGGACAUCCCACUCGUGGAGAACUAUGCCUUUGAGGCACGCAUGGAAGUCGAUGCCGAUGGCAAUGGUGCCAAGAUCUUUGCCUAUGCUUUUGAUAUUGGCAAAGGCCGCUGGGCGGGGAGGCCGUUGCACGAGCUGCUCUGGGAGAAGCACCGAGGAGGGAUUGCCCCGAGUUUUCAAGUGAUCCACAUCAACUCUGUGACGGUUGACAACCGGCUAGACAACCUACGACUGGUGCCUGUCGGUUGGAGCCCCAAGCCGGAGGAGAUUUCCAGCAAACAAAGGGAGCAGUCACUCUACUGGCUGGCCAUCCAGCAGGUUCCGGCCGACCCGGUGGAGGAGCAGUACCUGGAGCUGAGCCGCACACGCUACUAUAACGCCAACGGCGAGCUAGUGGAGGAAGAGGAGUGCUCGUGCACGUAUUACGAGUGUCACUACCCGCCGUGUUCGCUCAUCGAGAGGCGGCUUCGCGAGUUCAACAUCUGCGGCCGAUGCCAGGUGGCGCGCUACUGCGGCUCCCAGUGCCAGCAGAGGGACUGGCCCGCCCACAAGAAGCAGUGUCGAGAGCGCAAACGGGUGCUCGCCUUGGAGUCGGAGCCUGAGCGGUGAUCUUCCCGUUGCCUCGGAAGGGAAGCGGCGGUGGCAGGGAAAAAAAAGGUUAGGAGUAAGAGACAACCACAAGAGACGAUGUCACUUGCCCUGACUGAUGGGAUGAUGGGAUUUGGGAGGAAAUAAGUGGGGGGGGGGCUCUCAGAUGGACAUCCGCCACUUCCCAGAACAAUUAAUUAUCCAUGGCUUGCUUCUCACAUGGACAACAGGAACUUUUUGUCUCGGGGUGGGUGCAUCCCUGAGCUCGACCUGCUGCUGCUAAUCAUUUGGCGAGACGACGACUUGUCUUGCCGACCAACUGGACUAUAGCUUCUUUUGGACAUCCUCAUCCGGUUCCGAACCUCCACACAGCCUCUGCUAAACGGGUCGAACCCCUGGGGGCGGGGGGGACGCUGCGACGGGACCUUGUCACUGUACUUCCAGCGGUGUGUGUGGCGGCCAUUGACACCUUUGACACCCACCACCCUCCUCAUGCAACCCUCCCGUCUGCUGUUGCUGCCACCACCCCAUCAGAAUGGAUCACACUAACAGUAUUUUGUGUGUGUGUGUGUGUGUGUGUGUGUGUGCGUGCACGCGUGCUCAUGUGUGUUCUGCCAAGGAUGAGUGAAUGCGUCUUCUUAAAGGGGCCAUAUUCCAGUUAAAGUUUUAUAUUUAAUACUUAGUCACUGUUUUGUAGUAAAGUAGCUGCUGAAUAGUGGCAUUUUUUUCCCCUUUUUUUAAUCAUGAUGGUACAAAAUCCACUUGCUAAAAUCUCCUUGUGGCAAUAUUUGGUACUUUUUCCCCCCUAAUUCACGGUGCCACUUAUUAAUCACUGAAGAAAGCAAUUUAAGAAAUCCCUCCAUUCCUUUUUGUUUGAGUGUAUGUGCGUGCACAUGUGGAGUUUUUGUGAGUGUGUUUCUCGGGGGCGGGGGGUUAUUUUUCUGAAGAAAUUCUAUCAAUGGAGCUAUAUUUAUUUAAAAUAUUGAUUGUGAAAACCGAUUUAGUCCUGAUAUUUGAAGGCAAAACUGAAGUGGACAGUAUGGGACCUUUUUUGCAUUUUGUUUUUAUUAUUAUGACUUUGGGUAAGGGGUUUACUACUUGAUUAUUAUUGUCUGUUGCUCAGUCAUGCCCUUCCAAGGUUUUUUUUCUACUCUGUCACUGAAAUCUUCCACUUGUCUCCGACUUGAGUUCCCUCCCAACCUUUUGCUUAUAUUUUAUUUCAGAGACUAUUUUUAAUUAGGAAAACUGUGUCAUCUUUGCCUUCCAACUUCUAUAAUGAUGCUCGGCGUGUCCUCGCUGAGUCCAGACACUUUUGGAGCAUGUAUGUCCCUGCAUUCACAUGCCACUUGAUUGUGUAUUUGUAUGUUUACGUGCGUGAAGAGAGAAAGAGGUUUGCACCACUGCACUAAAAGGUUGGCUCCCAUGUUAGCACAUUUUGUCGUCGAUGGGAUUUAUUUGGACGUGUCUGAAUUUUUUUUUUUCGGUUGGUUUUUGUAAGAAUAUAAACAUGAAUCACUUAGAAAUAAAGAGCUACAAUAUGUGGAUAGAGUCAAGGGGGCGGGGGACAACACAAUUGCUUUUCCUAUGUAAAAUGUUGAUCAAUAAAAAUGAAUAAUAUUUGU